CCAAAUUGUUUAAACUGGUAGCUGGAUCUCCUCCCAAUAUCCCAUUGACUCUCCAAUUCUGGGGCGAAGGACGCCGUUUCUGUCUUCUCCAGUAAACCCCUCUCUCCAUGCAGAUUGGUGCUACGCUCCCGGCUCAGAACCUCCACCUCUUUCAGGCGAGGCGUGCCAGCUUUAAAUGUAGUGGAUCGCCCUUGAACCCUUUAACCAAGCGUCCUCCUUCUGCAAAGCCUCUGCAAAGGGUCGCAAACACCGAAUUGACUCGGCUUCACCUCUCCAACCUUGAAAAACUGCUUCAGAAGCAAGAACAGCCUCCUCUGUCCCAACCAGUUGAGAAAAUUUCCAGUGAUGGGUUGCCAGAGAACAAGGGAAGAGGUCUGUUAGAAGGCCUGAGCUUGGCCAGACUCUGGCCGGAGAUGAAGGCGACAGAGGAAAUGUCGCCGCGCCAUAUGAACCGCCUCCAGCGGCUUCUAUCGAAAUCGCAGGAGUAUUCUCCAAGAAAUACUCUCGGCGGGCGGUGGCGCGAGUACCAUGGCAGCAAAGACUGGUCCGGCAUGCUCGACCCUCUCGACGAGAAUCUCCGGCGAGAGGUGGUGCGAUACGGCGAGUUCGUGCAAGCCGCGUACCAUUCAUUCCACUCCAACCCCGCCAUGUCAGCGGAGGAACCUCCCCUUCCUCGCCAUGUAACGCUUCCGGAUAGGGCCUAUAGAGUAACGAAGAGCCUCUACGCCACUUCAUCAGUAGGGUUGCCGGACUGGGUUGACGACGUGGCUCCCGAUCUCGGGUGGAUGACCCAGCGGUCGAGUUGGAUGGGCUACGUGGCGGUCUGCGAGGACCGAAGGGAGAUCGCAAGGAUGGGGCGUAGAGACAUAGUCAUCGCCCUCCGUGGAACCGCCACGUGUCUAGAAUGGGCGGAGAACAUGAGGGACUUACUGGUCCAAAUCCCGGGUGAAGAUGACUCAGUCCAGGGCCAGGGGCAACCCAAGGUGGAGUGCGGGUUCUUGAGCCUGUACAAGACUCGUGGAGCUCACGUUCCGAGCCUAGCAGAGUCCGUGGUCCAAGAGAUACAGCGGCUGAUGGAGGUAUACAAGGGCGAGACCCUCAGCAUCACAGUGACGGGGCACAGCCUUGGUGCGGCCCUAGCCGUGUUAGUAGCCGACGAGUUGAGUACCUGUGACUUCGAGGUGCCCCCACUAGCGGUUUUCUCCUUUGGAGGGCCUCGAGUGGGCAACAGAGGCUUCGCCAAUCGCAUUAAACAAAACAACGUCAAAGCUCUACGUAUAGUAAAUUCUCAGGACGUGAUAACCAGAGUCCCAGGAAUGUUUGUAAGUGAAGAACUUGACCAGAAGUUGAGAAACACAAAAAUGGGCGGAGUCCUCAAUGUGCUGGACAAGAUGCCAUGGGCAUAUUCGCACGUAGGGACAGAGCUCAGAGUGGACACCAAACAAUCGCCUUAUCUGAAGCCCAAUGCCGACGUAGCAUGUUGUCAUGACUUGGAGGCCUACCUGCACUUAGUGGAUGGAUUCUUGGCUUCCAACAGUCCAUUUAGACCAAAUGCGAAGAGGAGUUUACUAAAGCUGGUACACGAGCAGGGCUCUAAUAUGAAAAAACUGUACACAAGGAAGGCCCCGGCCUUGAAUUUGAAUCUUGAAAGGGAUAGAAUGCCCAUGUCUCCCUGUUUGCCCAGCCCAUCCUGAAACUUGGAAACUUACCACAAAUUACCUGUACAACCCACCACCCCUUCUCCAAUUAUUUAUUCAAAUUUCAUUACCAACUUACAAAAUUCUAAUCCAAACAUGAUGGGAUUAUAGUACUUGGCCUCAUCUUUUUAAUAAAGCCUACUAUUAUUUGAUA